GGCAUCUGGAGAACGAGGGGGAGGUGGGGAAGAUGCAAGGCAACAAGGGCUUCAACAUGGAGAAGCAGAACCACGCUCCGCGGAAACAGCACCAACACCAGCAGCACCCGCCGCCGUCCAUCCCCGCCAACGGGCAGCAGGCCAACAGUCAGAAGCAGCUGUGUACCUUAUUCCCCUCAGAUGAAGGCCUGACUAUUGACCUGAAGAAUUUCCGGAAACCUGGUGAAAAGACCUUCACCCAAAGAAGCCGCCUGUUUGUGGGGAAUCUGCCCCCAGAUAUUACAGAGGAAGAGAUGAGAAAGUUAUUUGAGAAGUAUGGCAAGGCAGGUGAAGUCUUCAUACACAAGGACAAAGGCUUUGGCUUUAUCAGGCUGGAAACUCGUACUCUGGCAGAGAUUGCAAAGGUGGAACUAGACAACAUGCCUCUACGUGGGAAGCAGCUAAGAGUGCGUUUUGCAUGCCACAGCGCAUCGCUGACAGUCAGGAACCUGCCUCAGUUUGUGUCCAAUGAGCUCCUGGAGGAAGCCUUCUCAGUGUUUGGCCAGGUGGAAAGGGCUGUGGUUAUUGUGGAUGACAGAGGACGAUCCUCUGGGAAAGGCAUUGUGGAGUUCUCAGGGAAGCCUGCUGCUAGGAAAGCCCUGGAUAGAUGUAGUGAUGGGUCUUUCCUGCUAACUACAUUCCCUCGGCCUGUCACUGUGGAGCCCAUGGAUCAGUAUGAUGAUGAGGAGGGACUACCAGAGAAACUAGUCAUCAAAAACCAGCAAUAUCACAAGGAGCGUGAGCAGCCUCCUCGAUUUGCACAGCCUGGCAGCUUUGAGUAUGAAUAUGCCAUGCGUUGGAAGGCUCUAAUAGAAAUGGAGAAGCAGCAGCAAGAACAAGUAGACCGCAACAUCAAGGAAGCUCGAGAGAAGCUGGAAAUGGAAAUGGAAGCAGCUCGCCACGAGCACCAAGUUAUGCUCAUGCGGCAAGAUUUAAUGAGACGCCAGGAAGAGCUGAGGAGAAUGGAGGAAUUGCAUAACCAAGAAGUACAAAAACGUAAACAGUUGGAACUCAGGCAAGAGGAAGAACGCAGGCGCCGUGAGGAGGAAAUGAGAAGGCAGCAAGAAGAGAUGAUGAGACGCCAGCAGGAAGGCUUUAAAGGGAAUUUUGCUGAUGCGAGGGAGCCACCAGACAUGCGAAUGGGACAGAUGGGUAUGGGAGGUACCAUUGGCAUGAACAAUAGAGGAGCUAUGGGUGGUACCAAUGUCCCAGCUGCUGCACCUCCUGCAACUGGUCCUGGAGCUAUGAUACCUGAUGGAGCCAUGGGAAUGUUUUAAACUUUACUGCAGAGCUUUACAAUAGACCACGGCUUCUGUGCCAUCUGUCAUUCCUCUCUGUCAUACAGAGGAUUGAUCCUCUCACAGUGUCAGCGCUUCCAGUCAGUAGCAGAAACAGCAGACGUCAUAGUCAAGCUUGUCCUGAAAGUUCAUCUUCCUUUAGCAGUUUAUAUCAAUUGGUCUAAUAAACAAUUUUCCUGCAAACCUUCCUACUUAGACUUCUUGAUCUGUCGUGACUGCUACAUCAUGGAAAUUUUUUUGUCAUAAAGAACAGUUUUAUUUGGCUAUAAGCUUUUGUACUUAAGUGGUAGGGACAGUGGAGUGGCUGAGGUUAAGGGAAUGCAUAGUACACAAGGAAAUUAAGGGGGAAGAUGAAGAGAGGAAUGGAAAGGGGAGGUGAGUUGAGAUCAAUAUGGUGAAAUAAUACCAUUUAGACAAAAAAGCAAUAAGCUGUUCCUCUAAUGGCCAGAAAUAUGUAUAGUCUUUUUGAAAACUGUUUAUGCUGGCCAUGUGCUUGGUUUUAGGAGUUACUGGGCCCAUGUAUUCCAGCUUUUUAUUCAUGUAGGGAGCAGUUACUUUGCAUGUUUGCUCCAGCUGCUUGAAGUUAUUGCAGUGUCCUUCCCUGUGAUGUGUCCUACAGGAAAAGUUCAUGAUUG